CACCAUUCCCGGAGGAAAUCCGCCUCUGCCAGGUAUUGUACCGAUCCAACCAUAUCAGUAUCCCGGAGGGCAGGCUCCCGCAACGCCACAACCAGGAGCGUCAAUGCAUUUUCCGAAUGCACAAUGGGGCGUGCAACCGUGGCAGUGGCCGACGCACGCUCCGUGGGUUGCGACGCACCCCAUGGCAGCAACAGCUAUACCACCCGUUAUAGCGCCGACAAUUCCUCCAACUAUCUCUCCUCUACCCCCUCCUCCUCCCCCUCCUCCUCCACCACCUCCUCUGUAUUCGCACCAUGGCAAUCAACAGGUGCAACCUCGACACGGUGGGAACUCGUCAGGAAGUGAGAAAGGCCAAUCCGCGAACGCCUUCCCUGGACCAGGGAACCGGGCGUACUUUACGGAAGAGUAUAUGGAUAUUCUAGAGGGGAUUAAGAUGAAUAAGGCAUUGGAGGAGACUAAGAAGAAGAUCGGCAUUUCCCGGAGAAGCGGCGUGAAGAUUGUCGAACUCCCUGAAAAAAACAGUCGGGCCGAGUCACGUCCGAUUGACAAGACGAAAGAAAUGAAGGCUUGGGUUACGAGCACGCUCGGUGACUCGUUGAAGCUUAUUACCGAGAAACUGGAGGCGGUAGAUGUGAAGACAAAGAUGACCACGACGGAGAAAGAAGAGCUCGAGCGACUCCGUAGAGAGAAACCUGGAGAAAGAGAGAGUAAAGAGAGCAAAGAUACUUCCAGCAGCGAGAAGAGGAAGAGGAUCGGCGCUCGUACCCCUCUUGAUAACUCACCUUCUGCUGCACGCGCCAAGACUCGCUCUCGCGGAAGUCUGAAGUCACGUCCAAAGCGAAUUGAUAUCUCCUCUGAUGACGAAGGUGCCGACGGCGUGAAGCAGAACCUUCAAGUCAAACUCGAAAACAACAACGAGUUGUCCGAUAUUAAAUGGAUGCUUGCGGCUCUGAUGCAGGGGCUUGGUGACGCGAAGGGGAAGGCACAAGUGAUUGAACCCUCUGGCGAUAAACAUGGCACCAUGGAGGACGACAGGGAAGAUAUUGACAUCGCGCAGAACGCGCCCAAUGCCGACGAAGAGGAAGAGGAAGACGAAGGCCGACUUGCCGCCUACAAGAAGAUCCGGAUGGACUAUUACAGUUCCUUGCACUAUACCCGCGUGCAGGCACUGUGUAAGGAGAAGAGCAUCCAGUAUUUCCGUAAGGAAAUGGGUGCCUGGGAACUAGCCAGACGCGACCUGCAGGAAUACGCCGACCUUCUGAAGGACAGGAAGGGCGCGAAGGAGGGUGAAUCGUCGAGGAAGUCUGUUGACAUCGAAGAUGAUUCCGAUAAGCUGUCAUAUCUGCACCCCGUCAGGAAAAACUAGGUUGCAACAGUCUGAGGUCCUUAUCGCGAGCCACGAAAGGUAUUAUUGAUUAGAAGGGCCGAGUAGACAGCUCACUGCGUGUC